AUGGCGCACGCCUCUGGAAAGACGUGGAUCGAUCAGAAGGCGAAGAGAUCAUUGAUGCAGAUCCAAAACGAUGCCGUAUCGGCUGCUCGUAUGCCUGAUGGGAAAAAGCCUGUUUCUUAUGCACAACUUGCAAGGAGUAUCCAUGAACUAGCCGCUUCAUCAGACCAAAAAAAGUCUCAAAGGGAGUUGGUGCAUCAUGUGUUCCCAAAACUUGCAGUCUAUAACUCUGUCGAUCCCUCUUUGGCGCCUUCUCUUCUCAUGCUUGGUCAGCAAUGCGAGGAUAGGACUGUUCUCCGUUACGUCUACCAUUACUUGGCAAGACUAUUAUCAGAUAAUGGUGCUCAAGGCUUAACUUCAGGUGGUGGGAUUCCUACACCUAAUUGGGAUGCUUUAGCUGACAUUGAUGCUGUUGGCGGUGUUACUCGAGCAGAUGUUGUACCACUCAUAGUAGACUGGCUUUCUGCUGAGGCCCUAAAUACAGACGAGGACUUUCACACACGAAGGCUUCAAGCACUUAAAGCUCUCACAUAUGCACCUUCAACUAGUUCUGAUAUCCAGGCGAAGUUGUACAAAAUUAUCUUCAGUAUUCUUGAUAAGGUUUGUCCAUAUCAAUCUCUAUCUUUUAUUACGUAA